CAAACAUACCUUGUACAAACAAGUCUAUAUCAUCUACAAGUCAAACAAUAGUAAUUACUUUUUCUUCAAAUUCAUAUGUUAUAUAGAAAUAUUCUCACAAGGAAACACAGUGAAUGAUUAUUUAAUAUACAUACAUCUAAAAACAAAUCUUGUGUUGCUACAAACUGAAGUGCACGAGGUUAUGAGAUAAAAUAAGACUUAAUUGUACAAUAGUCUAAUAAUAAUAAAAAUAACGCUAUUUUCAAUUUUGUUCUCGUUUUACGCUUAAUUUUUUGUUUUUAUAAAAGUUAAAUGCUACUUAUUUAAAUAAUAAAACGAGCAUUACGGAUAAACGCGAGUCAAACAUUUUCGAAGAAUUUCAUGCAAGAAUAAUUCAACAGCACGCGCCGAUCGUUGCCACAGCGUAUGUAUGUACAUGUAAUCAUUAUGAAGAUACCGACAGAGCUUAACCAUUGGAUCAUUUAAUCUUUAAAGAUUGUUAUUGGUGUAUUUUAAUUUCAAUGUCCUUUUAAAUUGGUAUUCAAUGUCAUUUCUUGAUAUAGUUCGAUGUUGAAGGAAUUCACUGCUCUUGGCAUAGGACAAGGUUAAAUUAAAAAUUAUAAAAAGGGAUUCCAGUAAGACAAAUACUUAUAACAGGAUGCAGAAGACAAUUAUACAAAUAUUUUUAAUACUUUACAUACUCGUAUCAAUUUCCUUUGCGCACCAUUGCUUUUUAUAUGGUGGAGAUUAUAGAUGCAAGUUGGCAACAAGAACGCCAUAUAGAUUUAUUGCUAACUAUGAUGAUUCUAUUCUUGAAUAUUCAGGUUGUACUCCAAAAAAGAUAUGGCUAAUGGUAAGACAUGGUACAAGGUAUCCUGGUAAAAAAUAUAUACCAUCCAUGAUUAAGAUGCUGCCAAAAUUACAACAGACUAUUUUAGAUAAUUAUCAGAUGGGAGAAACAACUUUAAACGAUGAAGAUAUAAUUUUAUUGAAAGAUUGGAAAAUUACCUUUACCGAGGAUGAUAUCAUGAGAUUAGCAGAUGAAGGUGGAAACGAGAUGAUUGAUCUUGCAGAAAGAUAUCAGUCUAGGUUCUCAUCUCUUAUGCCAGAAUUAUAUAGUAAUAAAACCUACAGGUUUAAAUACACUGCUACUCAACGUACAGAGGAAAGUGCAAAACAUUUUGCCACUGGUCUAUUUGGUAGACAUAAUAGUUACAAAGUCUGGUACCCAGAGGCAGAGCACAAAGACCCUGUUCUACGAUUUUACAAACGUUGUGAGCGUUGGUUGCGUGAUGUAGACAAUAAUCCAGAUGCUCAAGAAGAAGAAGGACAUUUUUUGAAGAGUGAAGCUUACACUGGGAUGUUGAGGGACGUUUCUGAACGUAUUGGUUAUCAAAUCGAUCAUGAAAUUGCAAACUUGAUGUACAUGAUGUGCAGUUUUGAAAUUGCAUGGAUACCAGAUACGGAAUCCCCUUGGUGUAGAAUGUUCACAUUGAACGAAUUCAAGAUACUUGAGUAUGCUGAGGACAUAAAAAAAUACUGGACUGAUGGAUAUGGGUACAAAUUGAGUUAUGAACAAGCAUGCAUUGCAUUAAGGAAUAUGUUCGACUUUUUCAGAGAAGUUGAUGGACCAUUAGUAUCAGCAUAUUUUACCCAUUCAGGCACCAUCUUGAAGUUGUUGGCUGCUGUAGGAGUUGCCAGGGACGAUCAACAUUUGGCUCAUAAUCUUUAUAAUCUAUAUGCAGAUGAUAGAGCUUGGAAAACUGGUGUCAUUGAUUCAUUUGCAUCUAAUAUAGCAUUUGUUUUGUACAAUUGUUCAUCUAGCGGCCUUAGUGUUCUUUUCAUGCAUCAAGAACGACCACUCUAUCUGUCAGGAUGUCCUUUACAUGUGCCAUGUCCAUUAUCUAUAAUGAAGGCGCUGUAUCCUGACCACGAAGAAGAAUGUCCGUUUGAAGCAAUGUGCGAUAUGGACGAAGACUCGUAAUUACAGAAGAAUAAAUUAUUCUUUAGUCGAGAUUAUAUAAAUUGCAUUUCUACAUUUGCAUAUUUGUAUCAUAUUUAAAAAAUAAAUGUUAAAAACAUUAUAAUAA